CAGUUGUGUCGAUUUUUGCGACUUUCAGGAGCAUUACGCAGUUUUUUAUUUUCGUUUAGCUUAAGCCUUUGCCUGCCAAGAUGUCCGGCCGCGGGAAGCAGGGCGGGAAGGCGCGGGCCAAGGCCAAGUCGCGCUCGUCGCGGGCCGGGCUGCAGUUCCCCGUGGGCCGUGUGCACCGGCUGCUGCGCAAGGGCAACUACGCGGAGCGGGUGGGCGCCGGCGCCCCGGUGUACCUGGCUGCCGUGCUGGAGUACCUGACGGCCGAGAUCCUGGAGCUGGCGGGCAACGCGGCCCGCGACAACAAGAAGACGCGCAUCAUCCCCCGCCACCUGCAGCUGGCCAUCCGCAACGACGAGGAGCUCAACAAGCUGCUGGGCAAGGUGACGAUCGCGCAGGGCGGCGUGCUGCCCAACAUCCAGGCCGUGCUGCUGCCCAAGAAGACCGACAGCCACAAGGCGAAAGCCAAGUAAAAAGCUCCUCUGACAAAACAACCCAAAGGCUCUUUUCAGAGCCACCCACGUUUUCCCAGAAAGAGCAGGAACACUUCAGCCUGGAAAUACGUGCCUCUUCAAAAAUAGUGUUUUCACAUAUUUGGAAGCUUUUUAGGUGUUGAGAGGGAAGGCUUCUGAAGCAUAAUAAGGUUUAAAACAUUUCGAGGAAAGAUCUACGUUUUCAACCUUAUUUCACUGUUCUUUGUAGGUCCCGGUGUUUUUUCUGUAAGGAACUAAUGUACUUAGUGUUUUUCCCAGUUUCACUUUUGUCAAAGUCAGCGGUUGCCAUUGCUGAGCUCAGCCACGGCCAGAUGGUGUAAGGGGACGCGAGCAGGUCACGGG